AUGUUUUUUCACACUCAAAUAGCCUCCAUCAUGGAGGUACUAGCGAAUGCAGCCGUGGCAGAGAUCUGUAAACUCGUAGACGACGACUAUGCAGUGUUUCGUUUGGAAAUUUCUCAAAGCCAGAAAGAAAACAGGACAUUGCGUAGGAAACUACAGCUAUUGGAACUGAAGGUGGUACGGGAGCGCGCAGAGAGGACAAUUAGAGAGCGCGUCCGCGCCAGUCGUCCCUGUAGUGUCAAGAUCCUCGACCAAUACAACGGAAUGGCAAGAGGUACAUUUUGCAGAAGGCGGAGACUGUGGGGUGAAGGACAUCUCACUGGAGGCCACAUGAUCUCUGUGAAGCCAGCAGGACACAAUACAUGGAGAGAUGACCAACCAAUCACUGUUGAUGAGGGAAGUGGAUCUUCAACCCAGCAUGUUAUUGUGAUAGAGUCUGCAGAUGCAGAGGCUUCUGGAGGAUCGUCUCUGGUCAAACAGGACAGGACUGAAGGAGAGGACCCACGAGACAUCCAGACUAGAGCAGCGGCUGGCGUGACGCCCCCUGUAGCCACGGAGGACCUCGCCACCACGCCCCAUCCAAGGACCCGACGCAGCAUCACGGAGGUCAGUGGAAUGCUGGACGCUGUCCUCAAGUCAGAGGCAGACACCGAGACUUUAACUGUAACACACAGGCUCUUACACACCGGAUCUGACCACAGAUCAGACCCAGAGAGACUGGGGCUGAGGCGACUAAGCUGUCCUCCUGCUCCCGGCUCAGAGUAUUUACUUUACGGUAACCCGAUCCCGAGGACGGUUCAUUCCCAUCGGGACUCAGGUUACGCAUUAGAAACGGGAAAUGAUCCGUCUUGUUCCUACACAACAGAGAUGGACCCUGACAACGUGCCCUUGGGUUUAGAAACACAGACUGAUCUGUCUAGAGGGAACUGGAACCGGUACAGUAGUAGUGUAUACUCUGAAGGGUGCCUAGAUAAGACAGGGGAGGGUAUAGUGGUAGAUGAGGUGAAAGUGGAGGGUGACGCUCCUCUGACAUGGAAUGUAGACGAUACUAAUUUAGGAGAAGGACACUCACAGAGCAGAGAUUUGUUAGAUUACAGGGAAAGCUUAGAGACAAAUCCAAGCAUCGAGACCCACUCCCCUUUACAUGCGCUCAGGGAUCGUGACCCAGUGUCCAAGUCGAUGGACCAUUCCGAUUCACACAUUCUUUUUGAUCAGGUUUUGAACUCAAAUGACCAAGGGGCCAAGGUUUUGGGAGGGGGAGCAACAACAGGCAGUAGUAAAGAGAAACGGUUCCUCUGCAUGUUCUGUAACAAAGGCUUCAGCUGCCUCCAGAAGGUGGAGAUCCACCAAAGGGUCCACACAGGGGUGAAACCCUUCAGCUGUACCCAGUGUCACAUGCGUUUCACCGAGGCUGGCAAACUGAAGAGGCACCAGAGGGUCCACACAGGGGAGAAACCCUUCAGCUGUACCCAGUGUCAGAUGCGCUUCGCCCAGGCUGGGCACCUGAAGAGGCACCAGAGGGUCCACACAGGGGAGAAACCCUACAGCUGCCCCCAGUGUCAGAUGUGCUUCGCCCAGGCUAGCAACCUGAAGAUGCACCUGAAGGUCCACACGGGAGAGCGGCCGUACGCCUGUACGCACUGCGGGAAGAAGUUCUCAGAGAGGAGCUACCUCAGGAUACACCAGCAGAAAAACCAUUCCACUCUAUAACAUAGAAAGUAACCAUUCCACUUGAUCGCUUCUGACGUGUAGAUCAAAUGCUGCAUUAAAGUCAAAGAUGAAUUUUCAUUGUUGUCAGCAGAAAAUAUCUGCAGAUGCAUUUGGAAUAACGAGUAAUACAGAGGGGUUGGGUUAAAUGCGGAAGACACAUUUCAGUUGAAGGCAUUCAGUUGUACAACUGACUAGGUAUUCCCCUUUCCCUAAUAGAUUUCAGUGUUGAAUAUUCCUGGGUUGAAUAAUGCAUCCAGGCAUUGUGUGAUCUACAAGCCUUAAAAGUCUGUUGUAUAUUGUGUUUGUACUGUGUAAGCGAUAUGUUUAUAAAUGCCUAUUUCAUUACUUCCAACUACUUAAUGAGAAAAUGAAUGCAGUUUUAUCAAGUUCAUACAGAUUUUUUGUUGACAUGCAUGUGUGGUUUUUAUAUGGAGUAUUUAACACUUAAAUACAUAACCAUAUACAGUUUGAAAAUGAGCAAACAUGUAUGGGUUUUGACUGAGGGAAAUGCAGUAAAUUAAGAUGACUCGAUGUUUAUGAUCACUAUGUUUGAUGUACAGUUACAAGAUGACAUGUUGUCAUUAGAGGUCGACCGAUGAUGAUUUUUCCAUGCCGAUACCGAUAAUUGGGGGACCAAAAAAGCAGAUACUGAUUAAUCGGCCGAUUUAAUAAAAACAUUUUUUACUUUAUUUGUAUUAAUGACAAUUACAACAAUACUGAAUGAACACUUAUUUUAACUUAAUAUAAUACAUCGAUAAAAAUCUAUUUAGCCUCAAAUAAAUAAUGAAACAUGUUCAAUUUGGUUUAGAUAAUGCAAAAGCAAAGUGUUGGAGAAGAAAGUAAAAGUGCAAUAUGUGCCAUGUAAAAAAGCUAACGUUUAAGUUUCUUGCUCAGAACAUGAGAACAUAUGAAAGCUGGUGGUUCCUUUUAACAUGAGAUUUCAAUUUUCCAAGUUAAGAGGUUUUAGGUUGUAGUUAAUAUAGUAUUUAUAGGACUAUUUCUCUCUAUACCAUUUGUAUUUCAUAUACUUUUGACUAUUGGAUGUUCUUAUAGGCACUUUAGUAUUGCCAGUGUAACAGUAUAGCUUCCGACAACAGCCACACUCAAACAGCGUUACCCAUGCAGAGCAAGGGGAACAACUACUCCAAGUCUCAGAGCGAGUGACGUUUGAAACGCUAUUAGCGCGCACCCCGCUAACUAGCUAGCCAUUUCACAUCGGUUACACCAGCCUAAUCUCGGGAGUUGAUAGGCUUGAAGUCAUAAACAGCGCAAUGUUUGAAGCACAGCGAAGAGCUGCUGGCAAAACGCGUGAAAGUGCUGUUUGAAUGAAUGCUUACGAGCCUGCUGCUGCCUACCAUCGCUCAGUCAGACUGCUCUAUCAAAUCAGACUUAAUUAUAACAUAAUAACACACAGAAAUACGAGCCUUAGGUCAUUAAUAUGGUGGAGUCCGGAAACUAUCAUUUCGAAAACGUUUAUUUUUAUUGCAUAUACCCUGACUCUGCGUGCAAUAAACGCAAGAGAAGUGACACACUUUCACCUGGUUAAUAUUGCCUGCUAACCUGGAUUUCUUUUAGCUAAAUAUGCAGGUUUAAAAAUAUUUACUUCUGUGUAUUGAUUUUAAGAAAGGCAUUGAUAUUUAUGGUUAGGUACACGUUGGAGCAAUGACAGUCUUUUUCCGCGAAUGCGCACUGCAUCGAUUAUAUGCAACGCAGGACAAGAUAAACUAGUAAUAUCAACCAUGUGUAGUUAACUAGUGAUUAUGAUUGAUUGAUUUGCUUUUUUUAAGAUAAGUUUAAUGCUAGUUAGCAACUUACCUUGGUUUCUUACUGCAUUCGCGUAACAGGCAGGCUCCUCGUGGAGUGCAAUGAGAGGCAGGUGGUUAGAGCGUUGGACUAGGUUGCAAGAUUGAAUCCCCGUUCUGACAAGGUAAAACUCUGUCGUUCUGCCCCUGAACAAGGUAGUUAAUCCACCGUUCCUAGGCCGUCAUUGAAAAUAAGAAUGUGUUCUUAACUGACUUGCCUAGUUAAAUAAAGGUGUAAAAAAAAUAUAUAAAAAAAAAAUAUAUAUAUAUUUUUUUUUAAAUCGGCAUCCAAAAAUACCGAUUUUCGAUAAUGAAAACGGCCUUAAUUAAUCGGCCAUUCCGAUUAAUCGGUCGACCUCUAGUAGUCAUACCCUGGGUUCUUCUGAACAUACUGAGCCUUUGUUUGUUUAUUGUGAAGAAAACUCACAGCUGAACAUGCACCUGAAUGCACUCAUGACUCCUUUCUAUGCACACCAAAAUUACGAUCUGUUUCUCUGAAUUACCUUGUGAAAGCCUAACAUUGUAAGAUCGUAUUGCAAUAGAACAAGCUUUCAGAUUAUGCCCACUUUACCCAGAUUACGAUUUAUAAUGGACUGUUUUUGGAUUGCGUAAACGACAGUAAUUUGGUGAUGGCGGGGAUGCAGGGUUGUGUUCCGAACAGAACAACUACGUGUGUUUGCUCUAGUUCCUCAACGGCACAGCUAUGUUUUACAUUGUAGAAUAAUAGUGGAGGCAUCAAAACUAUGAAAUAACACAUAUGGAAUCAUGUAACUAAAAAAGUAUUAAACAAAUCAAAAUACAUUUUAUAUUUGAGGUUCUUCAAAGUAGCCACCCUUUGCCUUGAUGACAGCUUUGCAAUCAUUUUUUUACCUUAAGUAACUUUCUAUCUUAUGUAACCAUACCAAACCAACGUAACAUAUCAUACUAAUUUGAGUGACCUGGAUUUACUUUAACUCUGUUAUGUCUGGUCUAUGAGGCCAGUCUGGAGAUUGAUACCAUUUAAAAGCUUACAAACAUGGUUAUCAAACUAUUUUUUAAUUUGUUUUAAAAAAGUUAUGAAAAUUGUAAUUUUCUUAAUCUUUAAUGUCAAUUAUCUAAAAUGCGUAUAAACCAUUUUUUUCCUUCA